AUGGCUGCCAACCAUCCGCCUGAGAACACCUCUUCUGCUCCCGAGAUAAAAUCUGACCAGGGUUACCGUAUAGACAAUGCAUACAUUGAAAUUCAACACGUCGGCAAGACUCCUUCGAUAUGUAACGGAGAUUCAGACUUUUCGCGGGGCUACCGAGAGUGUGUUUCCUGCUUCGAGGCAAACUCGGAUCGUACAAACGAUGCCACCAACGUCUAUCUUGAACUGAAGUUCCGGCAGUUCCUAGAUUACUGUGCACUGCAGACGACACAACCCAGCUAUCCCUCUACCCUCCUGACGAUCAGGACGGUUGUCCAGUUCGCCGACAUAACUGCCAUUGACGGGAAGGUUCUUUCGGGCGUGCUGCAGACGAGGACAGUGACGGAGCUGAAAGCAGAAGCCACUACCGAACUGCACACAUUCUCUCGACAGACGUUUUCGUGGCAGACUCCGAUACCGAGCGAGACGAAACCGAACGAGACUGAGCCCAGGGCUACGUCGGCGACUAGCGCAGGGGAGCCCUCCCCGGAGAUGAGCAAUGCGUGGGUAGCCGGGCCCGUGAUCGGCGUCUUGACGGCAAUCCUGCUUGUGCUCGCCGGGCUGUGGUUCCUCCGACGUCGUAGAAGGCGAGGGCUAGAUCACUCCGCGGCCGGCGAAAACGACGAUGGGAAGGAGGAGUUCCUCAAGGCGCAGCUUCAUUCAGACUGUGUCCCGCGGCAGCCCGCGACGGAGCUCGAGGGUUCGUAUCCGAAAACCAUGCCCGAGAUGAUGACCAACGAGAUUGCCGCUCAAGAGAUGCCCGUCUCGGAAGGCGGGCAUGUGGAAGGGGUGACGGGGAGAGGCCGAUAA